GCCUUUUUGUCGAUUGUGGGCCCCAACGGUUCUGGUAAAUCGAAUGCAAUUGACACACUUCUCUUCACAUUUGGUUACCGAGCAUCAAAGAUGCGUCAGGGCGAGCUCUCAGAGCUCAUCAACAUCCAGAACUCUGCACGACAUCCUGACUUGGAUGAGUGCAGCGUGGAAGUUCAUUUUCGCGAGAUUAUAGACCCUCUUAGACCUGACGCAUACGAUGUCGUCCCAAACUCCUCACUUAUGGUCGCUCGCACAGCGACCAAAUCAAAUGCCUCUCAAUACAUGCUCAACUCAGCGUUGUCCACCUACAUCAAGGUCCAGACACUUCUCCAGGGAUGGGGCGUGGGAUCUCGCAGUCUACCUUGA